AUGGAAGGAGAGUCAUUUGGUUUGAUCGUUGGGAUCUCACUUGGUGUGGUGAUUGGUGUCUUGUUAGCUGUUUCAGCUUUGUUCUGCUUUAAGUACCAUGGAAAGAGAUCUCAGAUUGUGAACAGUGGAGGAUCAAGUAGGAGUGCAACGCUUCCCAUUAGAGAGAAUGGAGCUGAUUCUUGCAACAUUAUGUCGGAUUCUACGGUUGGUCCGGAUUCGCCUGUGAAAUCUUCAAGGAAUGGGAGGUCUGUUUGGCUUGAAGGUUUUAGUAAGAGGAGUAAUGUGAUCUCUGCUUCUGGCAUUUUGGAAUAUUCUUACAGGGAUUUGCAGAAAGCAACAUGUAAUUUCACGACUUUGAUAGGCCAAGGAGCAUUUGGACCUGUCUACAAAGCUCAAAUGUCCACCGGUGAGAUUGUUGCUGUGAAAGCCCUUGCCACUGAUUCCAAACAAGGCGAAAAAGAGUUUCAGACAGAGGUUAUGUUAUUGGGGAGGCUGCAUCACCGUAAUUUAGUGAACUUGAUCGGCUAUUGUGCAGAGAAAGGCCAACACAUGCUUAUAUAUGUUUACAUGAGUAAAGGAAGCUUAGCUUCUCAUUUGUACAGCGAAAAGCAUGAACCGCUGAGCUGGGAUUUGAGAGUGUAUAUUGCUUUAGACGUUGCACGCGGAUUAGAGUAUCUUCAUGAUGGGGCUGUUCCUCCAGUAAUCCACAGAGAUAUCAAAUCUUCCAACAUUUUGUUGGAUCAAUCCAUGAAAGCUCGGGUUGCUGACUUUGGCCUGUCUAGAGAAGAAAUGGUAGACAAACAUGCUGCUAACAUCAGAGGAACGUUUGGUUAUCUCGAUCCAGAGUAUAUUUCGACAAGAACAUUCACCAAGAAAAGCGAUGUUUAUGGCUUCGGUGUUCUGCUUUUUGAACUUAUAGCUGGAAGAAAUCCUCAACAAGGUCUAAUGGAAUAUGUUGAGCUGGCGGCGAUGAAUGCAGAGGAAAAAGUUGGAUGGGAAGAGAUUGUGGAUUCGAGAUUAGACGGGAGAUUUGAUAUACAAGAAGUGAAUGAAGUUGCGGCUUUUGCAUAUAAAUGUAUCUCUCGUGCACCAAGAAAACGUCCCAACAUGAGGGAUAUUGUGCAGGUUUUGACGCGUGUCGUUAAGGUUAGACAUAACAGAAAACGUCAGAGGAAUUCUCCGUCUCCUUCUCCGCCACCUCCUACAGUGGAGGCCGGUGGUGAGCUAACCAGAAACAGAUCAAUUCGGUCGGAAAAUCAUCGGAGGGAUAAUUCUAUUGACAGUACACUUGAAGACUAG